GGUCGAUAUAUUUCUUGCAUUUAAUGUUUUUACAUUUUCAGACUUAAAAUAAUGUUUUGAAAGUCUGAAAGAUCUCUAAAAUGUCUGAGGUUGAGCAAGUUGUUUCCUUCCUACAGCGAAGUGGUAAGGGUCGUCUAGAGUAUGAUCGUGAUUGGGCUGCGUCAAGGGAGGGAGUUGAACGGGUUCUUGGAGAACUAACUCUUGAUUUUAACCAGAUCAACAUAGACAACGAGUCAUCCUGUGCUCGCUCUGCUCACAUCUCCGUCCAGGAAGAGAAAGAACCCAGCCCUGAUCUUCUCCCGAACUAUAGUAAAACCUCAUACAGUCCUGAUUCCUCAUCAACCCGGAGAAUAAAUCUAAACCUGAGCAGUGAAUAUGUAUCAAGGACAACUAGUUCAGGAUUAAUACAGGAGAAAACCAAACUUUAUAAAAAAGAAAUGAGGAUGAGUUUAAACUCAUCCCUAGACAAUAAGAGAUAUCAGAAGUCUGGCCCCAAAACUUCAGAUUCCUUUAACACCCCGGAAAAAUUUGUGCGUAUCCGUCCUGUCGAGGUGAAUGUGGAUCGGAGUAUGGAGAGGAAUAUAGAUCAGAAACAGUUCAUCUUCAGUCCCUCAUCUCCUCAUACUUCCACUACACUACUCAUUGAGGAGACGGAACCAGUGAAAAGUGUAAAUCUAAGUGAUAGCUCUGUGUACCAAUAUACUCCGGGAUUCUUGAAGAAGAUCUCGAAGCGGAAUGUUUCCGUAAACCUAGUUCGACUCAAGCUGGACAGUAUCCGCCCCUUCCUGAACCUGGAACCAGAGGAGACUAAGGAAGAACCUGAGAAAGAAGAAGAGAAGGUGGAGGAGGAGGAGGAGGAUCCUGAACCUGAGCUGGAUAAGAUAAAUAAGGCCCUGAUCAAUAUCCGGGAGCAGAUGAGUGCAGAGUCCGAGAGGAAAACUGCGGAGUUGAUUAAGAAGCUGAACAUGAAGAGCAGAGAACUGUCGGAGCAGGCGGAGUUAAGAUAUCAGGAGGAGAAGGAGGAGGAGAGAAGAAUUAUGAAAGAACAAGAAGAAGCGAUACUUGAAGAAAUAAAGAGAGACCGAGAGGAUGCUCUAAGACGGGAAAAUGAGGAAAAAGCUGCGGAUCUUCUGAGAAAACAUGAGAACGAUGAACUUCUCCGGAUAUGUAAGGAGCAGGAGGAUAAGAUCAGAGAAGAGGAGGAGCGGGAGAAAAGGAUUAUUGAACAAACCGACAAAUAUGAAAAGUUAAUCUUGCAUCAGAUAAAACCAACUGUGCUCAAGCUAGUGGAUGUUUACAAUUCCGUUCCAGAUCCAUCCAAGUUGUCCGAAGCUAGCCAGGACGCUAUUGAUAUCUACGAUAUGUUCUUAACCAUGGUUGAGGAUAUGAAGCAGAAGACAAGGGAUGGAUCAGCGAAUGAAUCCGACUGGGAGAAUGUUAUAUCCCUAGAGAACGGAGUUAAAUCCUCCAUCUUGAUCCUAGAGGAAAAUAUUUUAAUGUUGGAACAGCUCGCCGAGAAGGAGAAAGCUGAAGCCGAAGCAGCUGUAGCCGCUACAAAAGUAAAAGAAGCAGAAGAAAAAGCAGCUGCAGAGACAGCGACGCAGGCGCAACAAGCGCUGAAAGAAGUUACUGAGCAGAAGGCUGAGGAAGUUUCAACACCGGCCAUAGCAUCGUCUCCUGUUAUUCCAAGCAUUUCCGUAGACGCUUACAGAGCCGAGAUAUCUGAUUUCAAGACUAAAUAUAUCGGAGAUAUUGUAUUUUCAGACCAGGAGAAGAAAAUCAAGUCUGAGCUAAUGCUUGCAAUCAGCACCGCUCUUAACGCAAUCUCAGCACAGACUACAGAGCACCUGAACGAUAAGCUAGAGAAGCUGACCUUACUGCUGGCUGGUAGACCAGUAGUAAUGAAGGAUACGCAGAUAUGUGCCAGCCAACAUCCAUCCGGAGUUAAAUUUUGUAUGGCCAUGGCAGCAAAGAAGAUUGUCCGCCAAGGCGAAGAAGUGGUCAGCUCUAAGGCGGAGAGUGCUUUUCCAUUCGCAUCGGUAGCACUUGCUCUUUGGGAUAGUUUUCCCGAUUUUGGGAAACUCCUUCUAGCAUACUUCUUUGAAUUCUGUCCGCUUCUUGUUCCGUACAAUCCGAGAAGGCUAGAAGGACAGUCAGACAAGGAUUUUUAUGUUGCUCUUGGUUACAAGUAUGAAAAGGAUGUGAUAGAGAAGCAGGAUAAAUACUUGAAGAGAAUGACAGGGCUUGCAAGACUGUUUGCUGGUAUAGCUGCAAGUAAUAAACCUCAAGGUUCUAACACAGUUCAUCCCUUUGGUCCUAAACUGAUCUGGAAGUUUCUAGCUGAGCUGAUGAACCAGGAACCUAUACCUGAUGUUACUGCUACUGUUCUCCUAGUGGUCCUGGAGACUACCGGUAACCUGAUGUUGAUCAAGUACGGAACCCAGUUCUUUAAACUUCUCUCCUUUGUGAACUCAUGUUUCCUGGGCCGCCUGGAGGCUGUUAAGACCGAUGGGGGUCCAACUGCUCGGUUACAAACCUACCUGGAGAAAACCUUGAAGGAGGGGAAGGUUGAUCCUCCCAAGGGAGUUCUUGCUCCGGGAUUUGUUAAGAAAGUAAAUAUUUAAUAUUUUUCAAAUAUUUCAGAAA